GAGACAGUUGCAUACUAUCACAGACCUACUCGAGGAAGCCAGUCACACCGAUAGCAAAAUCGAAUCGUCGGACGAGUCAUUUCUACGCCCAACCAGUAUUAUCAACUGUUCUUCCAUGGGCUGGUCUCGAUCAUAAUCGGGAAUACGACAUAGAGAUUGAAAGCUCCUCACUAGACACUCAAGUUGACCAUUCGACGAAGGAUUACAGCAACUAUGUUGUGAUUGAGCAGGCAGAGAUCGAACGGAUUGAAGCUGAGGUUAGAGGACGGAAGCUGCAGGAGCAGGAAAGAGCCGUCGAGAUGGCAAACCAGCUUUAUAAAACCUUCUCAGUAUGGCAGCAAGAGGUUAGAGGAGCUGGAAGUGAAACUGGUAGUAGUUGUAAAUAUAACAAAUAUGGGAAUGUUAUCGCAUGCAAUACAUUAGUAGAAUCCAAUCUUAGUGAGGGUUCAGCGGAUGCCAUGGACUGUAUGACUCUCUGUCAGUUUCUAGUAGAUUUGGAACUUGGGAAGCUGGAAGAUAAAAUCAUGCAUGAUGCUUGGCAAAGUAAACGUGUGGCGUCGUCGACUCCAGAUUUGAGUUUGAAUUCGGAAUCGACAUCUGACAUCCAGCAAGAGGAUGGGCAUCGCACAAGUUUGUCCUCUCGAGAAAGGUCCUUCACUGUCGAGCAUGCUGUAGAUGACGGUGCAUAUCACAAAUUACAGCGCAAGUUGAGUUACCUGCUAGAAUUUAGAGGAAAACUGGAUGAGGAAAAUUGGAGAGCGGGAGUGGACGUGGGAUUGAUCUUUUCCUAUUUCAAGAUUUUGCUAGAAUUUUUGAUGAACCAGGUUACAGCUUGGGUCACGGAUUUAGCAGAUGUGAAAGAUCAGCUUCACUCAAAUCAGGAAGAUUUACGAAUGACGAAGCUUUCCUUAGAGGAAAGCAGGUGCCAGGUGGAGAAACUGAGAACGGAGAACACCAUUCUGUCAACAUUCGUUGACCAACUCACCGAAGAAGUCGAAAGCUGCCAAUCUGACAUUCUAGAUUGCAGGGAUGCAUUGAAAAAUGCAUCAAUGCAAUCUGCAGUGUCGAAGACUGAAUUUCAAGAGCUUUAUGAACAGACAUUCACGCUGAGAAGAGAACUAGAAAGCCGGCUGGAGAAGGAGGUUGCAGAAGUGAAAAAAUUAUCGAAGGAACUGGAAACGGUGACGUGGGAUAAUGCAGCCGAAUCGUUAGUCUAUUUUGAGGUUGUUGAUGCUAUGUCAGAAGAGUGGUCAAAUACGAUUACAACCAUGCAGGUCGAAGUAAGAGGGGAGUUGGAAAAACAAGGUGCCAAUGUGAAGAGGAUAAUGGAAAAACUUGUAGGAACCGAAUGGGAGCAUUCUGUACAGUCUUCAAUUUACUUGGAGGUCUUGAAUGGAAUGGCAGUAUCGAGUUCUCAACACAUUAAUUAUUUGGAAAAUAGACUUAGCAAAGAGCAGGAUACAAACGUGAAGGCGAUGGUGCAAAACCUUAGGGAAAAAGAAUGGGAACAUGCGGCUGAAUGUAUCGUUUAUCUCGAGGUUUUGUACGAAACAGCUGUGGCGUAUUCGCAAGAAAGUAACGAUAUGAAAGAGAAACUCUGCAAAGUACAAGUACAGAAAGGAAUGCUCAAGACAGAGAUCGAAGAGUUACAUAGAAGGCUUGAAGAAAUAGAAGACUCAACGUGGAGAAGCAAGACAGAACUAUCGAUUUAUUUUACGGUGUUUGACGACACAGCACGCAAGUUGUCAGAAGAACUCCUACAUUUGAGAGCUGAUCUUAGCAACGAGGGCGCGUCCUUAAUGAAGCUCAAGGCGGUGUAUGCAGAAUUAGAGAAGUCAAUGAAGGAGCUUGGAAAGACUCUGGUUGAGCAGAAGGUAGAUUCUUCAAUCUGCCUUGACGUUGUUGAUGCAGUCGUACAAGAAUGGUCGCUGGAAGUCAAUAAAGCGAUGUCAGAGUUGAAGAGCUACGAGGGAGCACUAGAGGGGACACUGGAGCAAAAGGAUUUGGAAAUAAAAAGGUUAACAGAGGAACUUGAGUUGACUAUAUGGGAACACGAGAUGGAGUCAUCAAUCUAUCUUGAAGUUGUUGGUGAGAGAGCUUGCGAGUGGAGACAGUUAAUCGAUUCUUUAUCAGCUGACUUUAACAGAAAGCAGAUCGUGCGGAGGAAAGAGCUGCAGGCUUCUUGCAGCUUUUCUGGUCGAACUCAGAAAGAAAAUCAGGCCUUUGAAGAUUCAUCUCCACUUGCACAAGGAGAUCUGGAGGGUUUGAAAUCUGCCUUGAGGAAGCCCUCCCCAUUGAAGGGUUUGUCGACAUUAAGCGAUCAAUCAGUAUCUAGCCCUGGAAAGGCAACUGAUCCAAUAUAUGUGGUUGUGCGACGAAACACUCAGGCUGCCGUGGAGGGGUUUAUGGUGGAUAUUGGGGAAUCGCCGUCUAAAAGAACCAACAAGGAGGUUGUAUCCUCCCUCAAAAUGGAAGUUUUGGAUUUGCGGAGAGAAAAGGAACAACUUAUAGAGCAUCAUUCGGAUGAACUGAAUAAAUUAGAGUUUGAGUUUAAUAUGGAACGUGAGAGGAUGAAGGUUGAGCUUGAGCGGGAAUUUCAGAUUGAGGUUGCUAGGCUGCAUGACAAACUAGAGUCUCAACAUAAGAAGGAUGCUGAGCAGAUCCAGGAAGAACUAAAACAGACAUUCCAAAUUAAGUUCGCAGAUUUACAUGACAAAUUGGAGUCUGAGCAUAGGAGUCAAACCGAGGCGAUGGAGGUAGAUCUUGUACAAAGAUAUGAAAACGAAAUUGCAGAACUACGAGGAAAAAUGGAACUUGAACACAGGAAUAGAAUUGAGGGGAUCAAGUUUGAUGUGGAACACAAACACCGGAAGGAAAUUGCAGACCUGCAAGAAACUUUAGAAUUGAAAUACAAGAGGGAAUUAGAAAGAAUAAAGUUUGAGCUUGAGCAGAAACGUGAAAGUGAUUUAGCAAAACUUCACAAAAGAUUGGAUCAUGAAGCAAUGAUGAAAGCUGACGAAGAAAGAAGAAAUAAUGAACUCGAACGGAUAUUCCAGAAAGAAAUUGCGGCUUUGGAAGCAAAGUUGGUGGCAGUUAAGCAGAAACUAGAACAAGGAUCGCAAGAGAACAAAGAACUAAAACCUAAUGCUGAGGACGGCAGCACCGUCUCACCGGAAGACCUUAUGUUAAGUACUCCAAAGGAGAUUUGUGAUACGAAGGGCUGCAUAAAUGACACGUUACUUACACAACUUGAAUCAGAUGUGGUGACACUGGUGACAGAACGAGAUGAGCUUUGUGAUAGAGUUUUAAACAUGGAAAUUCAAAUAUCUGAGUUACAAGACAAGGUAACGAAGCUUGAAGGAGAACGAAGUUGGCUUGAGGAAAGAGUUCCUGGAUUAGAGAAAAAACUUGCCACAGAACAAAGCAGGCUAGAGGAUACAGUUGCAGGUCAUGCAUUUGAGCGGGAUCAAUUAAAGUUGAUUGUAUCUAGCCACAAAAAUGAGCAAACUAAGCUAGAGAACGAGCUUGCUGAACGGAAGGCUGAACGAAAUCAUCUAGCGACUGCGAUCGCUUUGUUGGCGAUAGCGUGUAGAAACUUGAAAGUUUCUAAUCAGAAUGAGAGGGAGCGAUGGAGGUCUGCAUACAUGAUGGCCUUGAAAGACAUGGAGAGAGCAUUAAGUCGCACUCAAAAGCAAGUGAAGGAAGAAAGGGCUCAAAAAGGAAGCGCCGAGAGCGAUGCUCAGAGGAUGAAAGCUGAGAUUUACACAAUGCAACAAGAAUCUAAAGACGUAUGGAGGCUCUUAGAGAGAACCAUUGCGGAACAUAUUAGCCGUGCUGUUGGAACAUCGCAGCAGGUGGAAUUUGGACUUUGUCGGAAAAUACAUCAACAGACAUUGAGGUUUGAAGCAGUUCAACAACAGGUUGAUAAUCUGCUACAAUUGUUGCGGCAGUCACAGAUGAGCGAGAUGGAUUAUUUGCGCACUGUCGAAAAUCUUCAGAGAGCAGAACAAGAGGUGGACGUUCUUGGGGAUGAAGUUGAUUCGCUUGUAGCAUUGCUCGAGAAGGUGCACAUUGUGAUGAAUCAGUACGCGCCUGUCCUUCUCCACUACCCUGGGGUUGCAGAAGUUGUGAAGUUGGUACAAUACGAGCUUUUCCAAAGAGACAUGAUUCCCAGCGUGCCUGCCUAGGUUCACGGUUGUAUCCAGGGUGCCCAACUUUUGAAAUCAGUGAUUGGUGAAAGAGCAUGCGAGGGUUUCCAACUGAAAUUGCGUCUUGUUCAUACGGAAAUUGAUGGAAUUUAUUGGCGCUAGCAAGGAAUACUCAUUCCAAGCGCUUGUACAAAAUUCGAGUCUUUUUGGCAAAUUAUUUACGCUUGGUUGGAUUUAUCAAGCAAGUAGGCUAGAUGUUGUGCAUACAACCUUGAAGUAAAUUGGGCAUGAAAUUGGAGCUAACAAUCGAUUUGAGCUAGUGAACGAAUUCAAUUCCACUCUUCUGCAGACAGUCAAGUUUAUUGCUGUAAGAGUCGCUCCAAGGCAGCAUUGCCGAGCUAUAUGCGUUGUAGCUGCGUCUUCCGCAGCGCCCAGACUCUCACUGCUUCAUCAGCCCUCACGAUCACGGGAGUCCAAAAUUAGAAGGCGAUGUUUAGAAGGCAGAGCUUAUUCGUUACUCUGGUGGCUUCUCUCAAGAAACUGAAUUUUUAAUUUUAUCAUUUAUUUAUUACUUUAUUAUCUUUCC